AUGUACCUCUGCAGCGCCUUGGACAAGAGCAAUCUGAGUAAUGCCCAAACCGAUGGUCUCAGCAAAGAUCUCCAUUUCAAGCUUAAUCAGUACAACCUCAUCGUCUCCAUCUUCUUCGUGCCCUAUGUCAUAUUUGCACCCCCCGUCGCGAUGCUCGGUAAACGCUUCAGCCCCGCCCGCGUGCUUCCCAUCCUGAUGUUCUCCUUCGGCUCGUUUACGCUGCUAUGCGCCGCGGCGCAAGACUUUGGCGGCAUCUUCGCCCUGCGCUGGUUCCUGGGCAUGUCCGAGGCCGCCCUAUUCCCGCUCGUCAUCUACUAUCUGACGACCUUCUACCGCCGCGGCGAGCUGGCGCGCCGCCUCGGCAUCUUCUACGCAGCUUCGAACAUCGCCUACGCCUUCUCCGGCCUGAUCGCCUUUGGCGUCUUCCAGAUCAAGGGCUCCCAUCUGCAGAACUGGCGCUAUCUUUUCAUCAUAGAGGGGGGCUUCACCGUGGUCUUCGCUAUUUUCGCCUACUGGUACCUACCGCUCUCCGCCGCCGAAGCCACCUUCCUCUCACCGGAAGAGAAAGCGCUCGCCUUUCACCGCAUCCAAGUCGACUCCAGCGCCGUCGUCAACGAGGAGUUCUCCCUCCGCGAAGCGCUCGCCAUAUUCAAGCAGCCGACGACAUUCGCCUUCCUCUCCAUCGAGAUCUGCCUCGGCGUGCCUCUCCAAGGCGUCGGGCUGUUCCUCCCGCAGAUCAUCGAGCGUCUGGGCUAUUCCCCCGUCAAAACGAACCUGUACACAGUGGCACCAAACAUCACCGGCGCGGUAGUGCUCCUCGCACUCGCAUUCUGCUCGGACUUCGCGCGUCUGCGCUCCCCCUUUAUUGUUCUCGGCUUCCUCUUCACCUUCACCGGCUUCAUGAUCUACCUCGGCAUUGGCGACGUCCACGCCCAGCUGCCCCUCGCGUACUUUGCCACCUUCAUGAUGACCUGGGGUACCUCCGCCCCGUCCGUUCUGCUCAGUACGUGGUAUAAUAACAAUAUCGCCCACGAGGGCCGUCGCGUCCUGUUGACGAGUGUUGGCGUCCCGCUGGCGAAUGUCAUGGGUCUUGUCAGUAGCAAUGUCUUCCGCGAGUCGGACCGUCCCAAGUACAUGCCUGCCUUGAUCACAGUGGGUGUAUUUGGAGCCGUUGGAGCUACCAUUGCUGCCUCAUUGGGUCUGUUUAUGUGGUGCGAUAAUGCCCGCCGGAAUCGUCGCCAGGGGAUCGUGGUGCGCGCACAGGACGUACCGACGGAUAGGUUGCGGGAUGGGCCUGCGAGUGAGGACUUUCGGUGGUUUAUUUGA